ACAGCCCUGGUGAGUGGCAGGGAGGGCUAGCACUGCGGCGGAUGCUAGGCUGGUCCUAGACGGACAUAUCCCCCCCCCCCCAAGCAUCGUGCUGUGUGCUGCAGGAUCAGAGCCCAUCCUUCGCCCCCCGCCUGGAGCCCGCAGGCGGAUGGCGGGGUCUCUCUGUCCCGGGGGGAGGCAGGGAGCGCGGUAGCCCGCAGCUGCUCCUCCUCCCUAGCCCAGAUGGCCCGUGGGCUGCACCGCAGCCCCGCGACGGAGGCACCAGCCCGCCGAGGCGAUUGGUCUGCAAAGCGGUGACGCCGUGGAGCACCAUCACCUCCUCUUCCCCAUCCUCAUCCUCAUCAUCAUCACCAGCCGCCCCGCCCCCCGCCUCCCCCCCCCCCCAUCUUCAGCUUGCCGCUCUCCCCCUCCUUCGCAGGCAGCUGAGCGCACAGCCAGGGCGAGCGGAUUUGUACAAACCAGAGAGCAGCAGGAAAAGGGGGAGGCAAGCCCCCCCCCCGCCCCCGAAAGGCAGCAGGGCAUCAUGGCACCCAUUGGGCUCAAGGCUGUGGUUGGAGAAAAGAUCAUGCAUGACGUCAUCAGGAAGGUGAAGAAGAAGGGCGAGUGGAAGGUGCUGGUGGUGGAUCAGCUCAGCAUGCGCAUGCUCUCUUCCUGCUGUAAAAUGACCGACAUCAUGACAGAGGGGAUAACAAUUGUGGAAGACAUCAACAAGCGCCGAGAGCCGCUCCCAACUUUGGAGGCCGUGUACCUCAUUACCCCAUCUGAUAAGUCUGUCCAUUCACUCAUCAGUGACUUCAAGGAUCCCCCAACUGCCAAGUACAGGGCUGCCCAUGUCUUCUUCACUGACUCCUGCCCCGAUGCCCUGUUUAACGAACUGGUGAAAUCUCGUGCGGCCAAAGUCAUCAAGACCCUGACAGAAAUCAACAUAGCCUUCCUUCCCUACGAGUCCCAGGUUUACUCCUUGGAUUCUGCCGACUCUUUCCAAAGCUUCUACAGUCCCCACAAGACCCAGUUGAAGAACCCAAUGCUGGAACGCCUGGCAGAACAGAUUGCCACCCUGUGCGCCACCCUGAAGGAAUAUCCAGCUGUCCGCUACAGAGGAGAUUACAAAGACAAUGCCAUGCUGGCCCAGCUCAUCCAGGACAAACUGGAUGCCUACAAGGCGGACGAUCCGACCAUGGGUGAGGGUCCAGACAAAGCUCGCUCCCAGCUCCUCAUUCUGGACCGUGGCUUUGACCCCUCAUCCCCUGUGCUGCAUGAACUGACUUUCCAGGCUAUGAGUUACGACCUGCUGCCCAUUGAAAAUGAUGUCUACAAGUAUGAAACAAGUGGCAUCGGAGAGGCCCGGGUAAAAGAGGUUCUCCUGGAUGAGGACGACGACCUCUGGAUCACCUUGCGCCACAAGCACAUUGCAGAGGUGUCCCAGGAGGUCACCCGCUCACUAAAGGAAUUUUCUUCCAGCAAGAGGAUGAACACAGGCGAGAAGACCACGAUGAGGGACCUGUCCCAGAUGCUGAAGAAGAUGCCCCAGUACCAGAAAGAACUCAGCAAGUACUCGACUCACCUGCACCUGGCUGAGGACUGCAUGAAGCACUACCAAGGCACUGUGGAUAAGCUCUGCCGCGUUGAACAGGACCUGGCUAUGGGCACUGAUGCCGAAGGGGAGAAGAUCAAGGACCCCAUGAGGGCCAUUGUCCCAAUCCUGCUGGAUGCGAACGUCAGCACCUACGACAAGAUUCGCAUCAUCCUGCUCUACAUCUUCCUGAAGAACGGGAUCACUGAGGAAAACCUGAACAAACUGAUCCAGCAUGCUCAAAUCCCACCGGAGGACAGUGAGAUAAUCACCAACAUGGCCCACCUCGGGGUGCCCAUCAUCACAGACUCUACCUUGCGUCGCAGGAGCAAACCGGAGCGGAAGGAGCGGAUCAGCGAGCAGACCUACCAGCUCUCACGCUGGACCCCGGUUGUGAAGGACAUCAUGGAGGACACUAUUGAGGACAAACUGGACACCAAGCACUACCCCUAUAUCUCCACCCGCUCCUCAGCCUCCUUCAGUACCACUGCAGUCAGUGCCCGCUAUGGACACUGGCACAAGAACAAGGCCCCUGGUGAGUACAGGGCUGGCCCUCGCCUCAUCAUCUUCAUUCUGGGGGGCGUGAGCCUGAGCGAGAUGCGCUGUGCCUAUGAAGUGACGCAAGCCAGCGGGAAGUGGGAGGUGCUAAUAGGAUCCACUCACAUCCUCACCCCGCAGAAACUGCUGGACACGCUGAAGAAACUGAAUAAAACAGACGAAGAAACCAGCAGUUAAAACAAAACAAAGCAAACAAAAGGACGACGACUCCACCUUCCUGGCUUAUGGCAGUCCUCCCGUUGGCUGUCCCGCUAACCGUUACUUUGCUGAGCCACGGCUCCAUCCCCAACCCCGAGCUUUCUCCCUGUUCUUGUUUCUAGAAACCUGCCCACCCCCCACCCCCACUUGCCCCUCAUUUUAAGCAAAAGUGUUUGUGUUGGGGGGCGGGGAAGUGGACACAAAAUGCAUUGUGUUUAAAAAAAAGCAAAAAAACCCUAAAUGCAAAAAUAUUUAUGCUCUAUGUAUGUAUCCCAAAACCCCAAACCAAACUCAUUUUCAAAUAACCCAUUUACCCAUCGCUAUAGAAGAAUUUUCCAAAGCGUUUUUCCAGGCUGGAUGGAUGCACACAAAUUAUUUACAGCAAUGUGAGCUUGUACCUAACCCAGAUGCAAACACAACUGCUCCAUAUAGGGAUUUGCUCGAAUAUGGACUUGGUAGAGUUCUUUCCGUUACUGCUGUCACUGGGAUUUUUUCUCCAUUUUUUGGGGGGGGAGGGGAUGUAUGUGAUUCUUAAAGGUACAGUUAUUUUGUGUUUCCUGGAGGAAUAUGUUAAAUUGGGGAUUACCCAUAAUUCCAGCAAACCUGUCCCCAAAUCUUCUGCAGCAUCCUCUGCUGACAGAAGUUGACCAGCCCUCCCCUCUCCCCCAGCAAGGUGCAGGUGAGCAAAUCUGGACAGAUCAAUCAGAUUGCUGCUGGGAGGGGUGAGCUCUUGCUUUGCAUGUGUAGGCGGGGCUUCUGAGAACAGCCAAUCAGGACUUUGUUGGGGGGGGUCUAUCUAGUCUGGUAGCCUGACUCUGCAGGUGGCCAUUGCUUGAUGUUUCAGAGGAAGGGGUAAAAGCCAAACUUGAUGUUUCAGAGGAAGGGGUAAAAGCCAAACGGUGCAUCGUGCUGAUUGUGGGUGGGGGGGUGGGGGGGCAGAGCUGGGGGAAAUGGCUGAGCUCCGUUCAAUGAUUGGGCAGUUGGGACUAGAGACUAGUCCCCCUCCCAAGCUUUAAAUUGGGAUUCUAGGGUUAUUUUUCAGACAGAAAGAAGGGACAUUUUAGCCUUACCUCUCACUUCAAAAAUAACACCCCCUCGAGGCGGAGCCCAAACCUGCUGGUGCCCAGACAUCCUUGCUAGUUAGGGCUGCACUAUACUGCAGCCCUGUCUGCAUCCUUUAUCCAAUGGUUUAAACCUUUUCCUAUCCAGCCUCAGUUUGGCAUAUUCCUUAAAGAAAAAAAAUAUAAAAAGAUAUCUAUAUACGGACAUAUUUUUUUUUAAACGUGUGGGUCAAAAAAGUCUCUCUUUGCUUGCAAAAAAAUUAAUGAAACUAAGGCUGUUUAUAUCUCCAUAUUGAAGUUAAAAAAAAAAAGAAUAAAAAAAUAAGCUAAAGGCCGUCACCGCCUCGGUUUCCUCUUGAGAUCCCAUCCGCACUGGCCCUCGUAGUGCCUCCCCCGUUCGUUUCUGCUGUUGUCGUCCAGUAGUGAAAUGUUCAUGACUGUGGAAAUUGCCCAAACUCUCCCAACCCAGCCUCCCCGUGUCCCUCUCUCACAGCGGACUGUGUGUAUAUUAGUUACGGUGUCUUGUGAUGUUCUUACAAGCUUGGCGUAGAGUGGUUAAACUAGACCCUUGUUACUUUUCUUCAAAUUAUUUCCUCUUCCUUUCACCCACCACCUCUGCAUUGCAAUAGUUUAGGGGUCCUUCCCCCCCACCCCAAAGGAAUUGAACCUCUCCUCCCACCCUGCCCUUCCCAAAUAGAUCUCUCGAUUUCAUACGUGUUUCAAUUUUUUCCUUGUCAUCUCCCCUGUUCCUGGCCCAUAACAUUAGGUGAGGGCAAAAUCUGUAAACAUUUGCACUGAUAUUUUUUAGUUAGCCCUUGCCCCUUCCCCUCCUUUUAAUUUUUUUUUAAAUUAGCGUUGUACCUGAUUCGGGAUCUUGUCUGUGGGACAUUUAUUGCUUUUUUUUCUGUUACAGUUAUUUAUAUAAACAAAUAAUUUAUCAAAAAGGAAACAUUUUAAAAGCCUCUUGUCUUGGAACUUGUUUACCUAGAAACUUAUUGGCAUCUUAAGUGUUUGAAAAGUGUUGAAGCACAAACAUAUAUCAUCUCUGUAUAUCUGUUCUUCUGUAAGAAAGCACUCGAGUCAAUAAAUAAAUAUGCUCCCAUACAUGGUGCAAAA